AUUAAUUGAUCAGCUUGAUUUGGGUUCUAUAAAUAUAUACUUUCAAUCCAGGAAAGUUACCAAAAGAGAGAAAAAUGAAAGUUGAAGUAGAGUUCAUUUCCAAAGAGCUAAUCAAGCCAUCAUCUCCUACACCAGACCAUCUUCGCCAUCUCCAACUCUCAUUUCUUGAUCAAAUCCAGGCUCCAGUUUGUAUGCCUUUAAUUCUUUUUUACUCUAAAGAUCCCAACUUUUCCAAUUCAGAAAGAUGCAUCAGACUCAAGACAUCUCUAUCAAAAGCUUUAACCGCAUACUAUCCGCUCGCCGGACGUGUUGACAACAAUGAUUAUGUAGACUGUAACGACGAAGGUGCCUUGUUCGUCGAAGCUCAAGCUAAUAUUCCAAUCUCGUAUAUUCUUAAAUCCUCUAACUCAGUGGCAGAUUCAGAAAAGUUUCAUAAGGUCCAUCCAUACUACGACGCUACAACCAACAAGAAGUUCUUACCACUUCAACCUGAUGAAGGAAAAGAUCUAGCAGCUUUUUUCCAAAUUACUUUCUUUACUUGUGGAGGUUUAGCCAUUUCAAUGGCGCUGUCGCAUAAACUUGGCGAUGGUUUAUCAAAGAUAAUAUUCCUCAACCACUGGGCUGCAAUUACUCGACAAUCAAAUUCUGAUGUUUCAAUUAAACUCCCUCCGUUUGGUUUAGCCAAACUCUUUCCUCCUAAAAAUCUAGGGUUUGAUCCAAGUAGCUGGAUUAUGAAAGAUAAUAUCGUCACCAAAAGAUUUGUGUUUGAUGCUUCCAUCUUAUCAAAUCUUAAAUCAAAAUACUCCGAUAACAAUGGCUCCACUCCGUCGAGGGUGGAGGCGUUAUCCGCUUUCUUAUGGAGUCGGUUCAUGGCGGCUACUCAGGAAAAUGAGACAAACAAUAAGCUCUACUUGGUGCAUCAAGCUAUAAAUUUGCGGCCGAGAAUGGAACCGCCUCUAUCAAAUCGGCAUUUCGGUAACAUUUGCCGGAUCGCCACGACGGCACUAGUCGAUCAAAACGGAAUUAUGAGUCGGAUGAAAGAUUCCAUAAAAAAUGUGAAUGCGGAUUAUGUGAAGAGUCUUCAAAAGAGCGACGGACAUUUGAAUUUUCUCAAAGAAGGGACAGAGAAAAAAGCUAAAGGAGAAAUGAUUAGUUUUAGCUUUACCAGUUUGUGCAAUUUUCCGGCGUAUGAUAUUGAUUUCGGGUGGGGAAAGGCGGAGUGGGUCGCUUCAGCUCCGGUUCCGUUCAAGAAUUUAGCUAUCAUGUUGGAUACUAGUGAUGGAAAGGGGAUAGAGGCUUGGAUUACUCUGAAAGAAGAAGACAUGGCUAAGUUUGACAUUGAUAAGGAGCUUCUUGCACAUGUUUCUUCUACAAGUUUAUGGUCUAGAAUUUGAUUUGACAUGUUAAAUAAAUUGGAAGUUACUAAACUUUCAAAUUAUUUUAAAAAAACAUUAAAUUUCAAUCUAUUUUUUUUAA